AUGGCGACUUCUGACGCUCGCACAGGCGCCACGAGCGCGAUCCGGAAAAAGCUCAACUUCCACGACGAGAUCCUGUGGCGCAAGUUCUCGUCGCGCCGACUGCUUCUGGUCGAGUCGCUGUCUCUGAGCUCGAAAAAAGCGUGCGAACAGGACGCAGAAAUCCAAGUUUGCGCACAAACCCUACAGCAGGAGUUUGGGUUCCCGAGAGAAACCCUGCCCGAGUUCGACAAGCUCGUGCGGCUGGCGAUCCAGAGCGUGCGCAGAAACAAGAAGCGGUCGCAGAAACGGCUCGCCAACCGGCGCCGUGAGAAGGAGGACCGGUCCAGCACUGAGGAAACGGCAAGCCCGAUAUACUCGGAUUUGGUCAACGAGGACGCGUUCCACGGUGGCAACAAGUCGGACGACGCCGAGACGGAGUCCAAGACGGCCAUCUCGGCCCUCGUGGCGCCGACGCUCCACCGACCCUUCACAAGCUCGCUUCGGCAGCUCAACAUGGACGGCGAGUUCCGUGCCGCUGCAGACCGGCUGCUGAUCAGCAUCAAGAAGUCGCGCACGUGCUACGAGCUGACCAAGUCGACCGCGCGCUCGUUCGAGUCGAUCGAAGGGUUUGGGUCGGCGUGCAUCUCGUCUGCCGUCAUGUUUGUGCUUGAGCGCAGCUUUGGCCAUCUCUCGUUCGACUCCGUUAUCUACAUCAGACAGAAACUCAACAGCGACUUUGUUCUGAGCUCCAUCAUCAAAGGGCUGGACAGCGAGUCGUUCGAAGUGGUGCAGUUGGGCGAGUUUGUCGCAGCACAGCUGUUCAAGAAACUCGUUGGAGGCUGCGUCAAGGACUUCGGCUUCAACGAGGUGCUCUACCCGGUCGCAGACAUCUUUCGCAGCAUCCUGGAAAAAGACUAUCCGUUUAACCCGCUGCCAAACCCGCCUACACACAAAUCGUCCAUCCUGUCGCGGUCUCCGUCCUCCGACACCCUAAUCACCGUGGUCAUCCGCUUCAACACUAAGGACCUGCGCUUCAUAUACCCCUCGAGCUCGUGCUCGCCGCCGACGGUGCUGGAGUUGAUCGCCAACUCCAAGACCGCGUUCGGCAUCGUCAACAAUAACCGCAUCCUCAAGAUCCGCAACGCAGAAACGAAAACGCUAAUCAACAGCGACCAGGACCUGGAGAAACUGUUUGACGCUACUAGAAACAAGCCCAACAAGCUCAUCGAGCUGGAACUCAUCUAUCACAACAUGCAAGAUUACCUGAAUCUGAACUUCGACGCGGCUUACCCGCGUCCGCAGCCUGCUCCGCCGGUGCUGCAUCCACGGCUCCCGCCUUCCGACCGGCCGCCAUUCAAGUUCCAGCCGCUGCUCUAG